UAAACCAUUUGUUGUUGGCUUUCACACAGAAACAGAAACAGGUGUCAUUUGUGUGAUAAAGGAGUAACAGCUCAGCUAAGAGGUCCCAAAGCCUCUGGAGGAUUUCAAGCUUUUCAUUGGCUUUGAGGAGAAACAACACUUGCAAACCAAGGGGGUGGUGCAAACAAAGGUGUGGCUCCUCUGCAGUGGAGCAACACUCUGUAACUUUUUGUCUGCGACAUAUCUAAACAAGACGACUGAGGAGGGUCACCAUGCUGGAAAAUGGUUUUGCAAAGAGAGGAAAAAGCCAGGGAAUGGUGGAUGGAGGGAAGAUUGCAGAAGGCAGGAGGUGGUUCAGUUGGUCGCGGCGCCACUGCUUCUUCUUCUUGCUAGUGUUGGGAGCAGUUUUAUUUCUUUAUAACACAAACAUUAAUGACAUGGCGUCCAACUGGAACCCAAAAUUGUGGCUGCAAUACAAUGCAUCAAAAUGGUGGGGUUCAUUUAACAGUCAGACACAAAAUUUAGCCUCCUCCAGCACUCCUGGACCUGCAUCAGAACCGGUCUCUGCUUCUGGGUUUAAAGCUGGGACCACCUCAUCUGCAUUUUCUCAAACUGGGAAAAUCCCACCAACAAAGGUGACAAACGCCACUACAACUACUUCGGUGGCAACACAAAAAGAACCUGUGCCACCAGCACCGGUUCCUUAUGUGUCUCCGGGGCCGUACUUAGUGGAAUACCCGUAUAAGUACCACUUUGUUAUAAAUGAGCCUAAGCGAUGUGAGCAGAAGAAGCCCUACGUGGUUCUGAUGGUUCCUGUGGCGCCCCACAACAGGGCCCAUCGUGACAUCAUCCGCAGCACCUGGGGAGGUGAAAGCCUGGUGCUGGACAAAGUGGUGACGCUGUUCUUCCUGCUGGGGCUGCACAAUGGAGAGGGAGCAGAGCAGCGCCAAAAGGAGCUGCUGCAGGAGAGCACUGAGCAUCAAGACCUGAUCCAGGGCAACUUCCUGGACUGCUACAAGAACCUGACCAUCAAAACCAUGAUGAUGCUGGAGUGGCUGGACGCCCACUGCUCCAGCGCCUCUUACGCCAUGAAGAUUGAUUCAGACAUGUUUCUAAAUGUGGCCAAGCUCAUAAACAUGUUGUUAGACGCUCCAAAGACAAACUACAUGAGCGGACUGGUGGCGAGAGGAGGUGUAGUCCUGAGAGAUCGAAACUCAAAGUGGUACGUACCUGAGGAGAUUUACCCUGGGUCUGUGUACCCACGUUAUGCUUUGGGUCUGGGCUACGUUUUGUCUCUAGACCUCCCUAAAAAGCUUGUGGAGGCAUCCAGACAUAUUAAAGCUAUUUACAUUGAGGACGUGUAUUUGGGGUUGUGUAUGCAGCACCUGGGUAUCCCUCCCACCGACCCCCCAGACUGGGGUUAUUUUCAGGUCUUUCCUGUGCAGUACAGUCGCUGUGCUUACUCCAAGCUAAUAGCAACCACUACACAUGAACACAGUGAUCGAGUGUGGGCUUGGAAAGACUUUAAAAAACCAGGUCCAUACUGCUGAUCUGUAAAACAAAAAAACAAAAAUACUGUAUGAUGCAGCUAAAGAAGGAUCUUAGAGUAAGAUAUUAAUAACCAGGACUGAAUUUCUCAGCUCCUGUUACCUGUUGAUUGAUUCUACUUUUUCUGUGUUUAAAAUCCUAAAUUUGCUGUAUAAAAACACCUUUUCACCUCCCCUCUCAGAUUUAAAAGCACACAACAGAGGAGUUUUCGCCCUCUCUGUCCUCGACUGCAGGGUUGGUGAACGUACAUACAUGAAAGAAUGAAGGAAGUAUUACAGAGAGUGUUGAAACAGUCUGUUCAAAGUGAUUAACAGGCUGUUCGGUAAAAUCAGUGAUGUCAUAGUUAAUAAUUGGCUGAAAUUAAUCUUAAAGUGUCUCAUCAGACAUAUGAGACAUACAUGUUUCCGCAUCACGCAAACACUGUAACUGGAACUACAAUGAGUCAUUUAUUUGUGCAGAUUCUUCUCACUCUUGUGUAAAAGACUUGUUGCAACAUGUCACAGCAUUCAGGGAAGACGUGCAUUACUGCGCUUCAUGACUGCAGGGUAGAGGCAGGACUGGAGAAAAUGGGAAAACAUACUUUGCCCUGAUGGGAUCUGAACUGUGUGUCCUCUCUGUUUAGUUUGUAAACGUUUUUUCACAGUUUUAACUGAAGUAACAGUUACACAGUAACAGUGAUGAUGUGGGCUGCAGCCGUGACAGGGAAAUUCAUGCAGCACUGCACAAAGAACAACUUCACUGUGAGACCAAGGUUGUUUUAUACAUCCGGUGCGUCACACAUCUAAAGCUGGGUGUAAAAAUGAAUGGAGGGGGGAAAUUAUUGACUAGUUUUAGGUGAAAUUGAGGGCCCUUUUUGGCCCCUUAAAUAAAAAACUCACUAGUACAGUGAGUUGUUUACAAUAUCCAGCCAUAAGGCAAUCAUUUAUUAUUUAUUUUUGUAUUAACAGCAACACUUUCUAAUAGGGAUACAAAACAUGUGCUUAAAUAAUUCUACUAAUAGUGUAGGAUGCAUUACUUUGUAAUGCUUCACAGUAAUGUAAUUACUUUUUUUUUUGUAACAAGUAGUGUAAGUAAUUCAGAAAUUACAUUACCGUUACUAAUCCCAGCAGUUCCAGUAAAGAUCUGCUAAUUAGCUUGUUUGCUUUCUGAAUUUGAGAGAGUUAAAACCAGUUUGGUAUCAGUCAAACUGGUCUGGGAAAAGCCCCCAGUUUCACUCUCUCAUGUAUUAGCUUACAUUUUGGGUCACAAAGGUUACCAGUAGCAGUUUCUCUAAAAUAUAAUUUACUGCCGAUGUUUGAAAAACCCACAAGGGUGUUUUAAAAACACUGUUGAUCUGAAGGUAUUUCCAAGAUCCUCCAGAGCUCUUAAGAUAAGAUUUUUUAUUGAUCCCCCGAAGGGGAAAUUCAAACUGACACAGCAGCCGAUUUCCAAUGUCUAACUAUCUGGAUGAAAAAAUAUUGAUGAUUAAAAAAAUCAUGAAAGAAAUCGUGCCGCCUACCUGAAUAGCAAACAGUGAAUUGUUGUUGCACACAAUUAAGAAAUAAUGAAGUCACUAUGAGUCAUUAAUGAGUGCUUAAUGAAUGUUAACUUACAAUCACUUACAUUUGUUUAUUUGCCAAAAAUAACACGGGGUGUCAUUUAUAAACGGUGCGUACGACUAAAACAGAGCUGGAAAUGUGAGAACGCCACUUCCCACCAAACUCUGAGCCAUGCUUAGGCUAUACCAAAUGGCCACUUACAUGGCAGGAGGAUGAAAUGGUUUGAAAUGGAUACUACUGUGUAAAAUAAAUCUAAAAUAUUA